AUGCUCGCUUGCCCUCAAGAUCUGAUAUUCAAAAGUAAUGGUAUGGCGAAACGAUCGAGGCAGCAACGCAAAGAGCCAUCGCCUUCACCUCAUCAACCUAUGACCAUGUCACCUAAUGCUAGAGACAAGGAGGAGGCAAGUUUACCACUCCAAGUAUGGCCUCAAGAUGUCGAAUCAGCAUUUAUCGAAGCUAUGAAAACGAUACCAAAAUUAGGCAGACGAAAAAUCUUGGUUCGUGGUAAACCAUGCGGGCGUAACGAGUUGAUUUCCGAUUACAUCUUUCGCAAGACUGGAAAAACUCGCACAAGGAAACAGGUGUCUUCUCAUAUUCAGGUGCUGAAAAAUACUCGUAAAGGCGAUCCUCACUUCAUGGGCCUAUUGUCCGAUACAAUAGAUAACAAUAACCCCAAUCCAACCACUAUGCCGGGCACUAAUCUCAACGAUAUGCAUCCACAUCUUUUGCACCGUUCCCAUCCUGCCGUGAAAAACACAUUAUCUACCCUCCGAGGAAAAAAGAAUUACCAUACCUAUGAAUCGCCGUCUUCCGAUGAAUCAUCCAUGCAAUCAUCGCCUUCACCGACUGAUUAUGUGUUUGAUAUGAUGACCAAUGGCAAUAACUCCCUGCCAUCCCAUGCGCUACCGAUGUGGGAAAUCAAAGAUAUGUACGACCCAUCGCAACAGACCCUUUUUGGAUUAAAUGACGUGUCCGUACGAACGCCUCCGACUUCUUCAUCUGCGCUGACAUCGUCAUCGUCGAAUGCUGCCGUUGAUUUCUUUCAGUCGCAGAAUGUGUGGAUGCCUAGCGGUAAUAUGUCGAUGGACGACUUUAUUUCCACCACCGAUAUGUUGGAUGUAGCAACCACGGCACGGAAAACGCCCUCACGAUCACCUAUGCCUUCGUGUAGUGCCAUUAAAAGUCGUCAAGACGGAAUGCUGGAUUCCUUGCAAUCUGCCAUCACACCUUAUUUUACGCUCUGGCCCUAUUACAUGUGCCUUUAUCUCGAAUACAGUUUGCCCUAUAAUCCAGCUGUCAAUUUGUCUCAUAACUUGGCCCAACUGUCGCAAUGUCAUCCGAAUGCGUUAUCAGCGAUUGGACUUGAUCUUUUAUCUGUGCAAAAGUGCCCUCCGUUGCAUCGGCUUUUGCAACAUCCUUCGGCUCCUGUAUUAUCUGCCAAGAUAAGGCUAGAUCUCAGUGUCGGCGUUAGCGACUUUGUAUUUAAUAAUGCGUGCUUUUUCGAAACCAAGGAGCGACGUGCUAUUGAAUGCACCAUGACCGUGUACUCUUUUGGCAAAGUGAUGUUGGAAUCCAAAGAGGUCCAACAGGCGUUAUGGCUCAACGAAGGGAAAUACACUUACAGUUUCAUGUUUGUCAAUCAAUUCCUCGACGCUUACUUGAAAGGUAUUCUCGCACUUCAAUCCUGGGACGAAGCCGAUUUGGCGCUCAGUAAUCUGUGCAUUGUUCAGGUUUUUGAGGACGUGCAAUUCAAAUAUAUACCGUCAAGCACGGAUGGUGGCGUUACGGAUAUGAAUUCACCAUCGGUUCUUUUAUCGAUGGUCUACGAAUUUGAAAGAGGGCACGGCAAUGUAGAAUUGGCCACGGUCACCGACAUGGCAUCCAAUGCCAAGCUAGAAAUUGGGCGGGAACUGGCCUUUCUCGACAGUGGCAUAGAUAUGGACGCGUAA